AAUAUAAAAUAAAAAUUAUAAUAAUAUACUAAAAUGAUUGUGGGUGUAGUAGAUUAUGUAACUUUUGGUUCAAAUGUUACAUGAUUACAAAUCGACACUGUGACAAUGAUUGGAAUGCCCCACUCGGAAGGAAGGAGCACCUGUUGCUGAAUGCUUACCUGUUUCAUUUGUACACAAGUACCUCCAAUCGCCGGAUCUCUUGGCUGGGACUUGCUUGGAGGCAUUGGAGAACCCUCCGCUCGGUCAGUCAGUACGUCGUACGGUGUCUUAUAGAGUGCAUUCGCUCCGACUACGUGGCGGAAUAAAUUUUCUCUUCAAGUUUCCAUAACAUCCUGCAAUAUUAUAACUUUGCUAACAAAGUUAUUUGUUUUCUAUCUUCCUGUUUUCAUUGACAAUGACUUAGACAAGUUGUAAAUUGAUACGACGAUGGUGAAAUAUUACCUGAUGUGAAUGUAUAUAAUCAUCGUGACGAUAAAUUUAGUGAUCAAGUGUUUACGAUAUGUCUUUUAAUCUGGCAUAAAAAAUAACGACGAAUAAACGGAAUGGAGGAGAACGCAGGUCAGGGUGCCAUACUUUGCUAUGGACCAGGUAGUAUUGCUGGAGCUGUAAUUGGGACAUUUUUCACCACGAUUCUUCUCCUUGCCGUGGCCGUUUUUUUCUAUAGACAGUGGCGUAAACAUAAGGGAAAACAUCUGGUGCUAGUAACUGAUCCUGAGAUCGUGGAAGAUGCUUAUGCCUUUGAUAAUCCUUGUUUCAAAGAUGCAACUCCUGCGAGUGGUCAGAAUAUGGAUCGACCUCUGUCGAUAGUCUCUGUUGAAACACCAAAGUCCAAAGAUUACAGCAAGUGGUCAUCACCAUGGUCAUCUUUAGGACUUGGUACUGGCAAUAAAUUGGAUAAAAGACGAACUCUAGAUGAUUCCUGUCUCGGACCAAAUGCCACUCGAGUUAGUGUAAUCAGCCUAAGGAGUCGCGAUUUCACAGGAUUGGGUUUCAAUGUAUGUGGAAACAUGAGAGAAGGUAUCUUUGUUAAAGACUUACUUCAUCGUGGUCCCGCCUCAGAAUCCGGUCGGAUUCAUCCAGGUGACCGGAUAACAAGUGUUAAAAUUAGUUUUCGGAGUAUGGUUUAUGAAGAUGCUUUAACCAUUCUCAGCUAUGCAUCGCCAUAUGAUGUAGAGCUGGAAGUAGAAAGUGGUGGUUCUAGCUCUCGACCUACUACUCUGUUAAAGAAAACUGUAGGACCAAGCCCAUCAAGAAUUUGCCAUCCACAUUAUAGAAGCCAGUCUAUUCCUGAACUAUCUCGAGUCGACAAAAGUUUAGCCAAGAGACUUUUUAUUGCUGACCCUAAUGACUCUUUCAGCUCUAAUUAUUCUACUAUGAAUUCAACUCUAAAAUCCUCCAAAUCAACUCCUGGCAGUCAUACGCUUGAACGACGACACGAAGAGUCCAAAGCUAAUAACCAUCAUUACAAGUUUGGUAUUAAAGUAUUGCCUGCACUCGAUGGUACUGUAUAUCGCAUUGAAAAUCAAAACGAACACAACACAAACCUCGAACGACACAGUUCCAGAAAAAUGGAUAUUCAUAAAAAUCAUAUCAAUUCUAAGAAUGUUGGUGUAAUUCAACCGACGUCAAUUAGUGACAGUAAAAAUAAUGUAGAACGUCUUCAACAACGCGAAAAUCCAAGAAGUGAAAUUGGAGCUGAUGCGACUGAUAGUAAAUCAGACCACGAUAAAAAGUUGAAAGUAGAGGACGGAAUUAUACCAUCAGAAGUUCCAGCAGAAGUACAUAAUGCAGCAAUAGCAGCAAGGAAGAAUAGAAAAAAUAGUGCAGAGUUGCUGAAAUCGCCUAAAUUAAAUGAACACACUGAGAUGGAGGAUAAAAAGAGUCCACAGAAAGGCAAACGAAAAGCACCUGCACCCCCUGACUCACCUAUGAAAGAUAAUGAAGUUGGAGUAAAGAAAGAAACAUCUUUAUCAUCAAAAAAUGAGAAAGAUGAUACUGACGAUAAAAUUGAAAGCAUUACAGAUUAUACAGAAUCAUUGAAUGACUAUGUAGGAAAGGUAAGGGAAAUUACGAAUGAAUCUCAAGUAAGACGAUCCAGAUUGAAUGAACGGCCAACUGACCGAAGAAAUUCUGAGUCUGAUACAGAUAAUGAAAUGCAGCAUAGUUUUACAACGAUAGAACUUAAUCCUGCUGAUAUUACAAUUCAUCACACUCCUGUACCCCACGUAGGAGAUCAUGUGGAUGAUGAUGAAGCAGAUGAUGGCUAUAGAAAAGCUGCAAGUCUUGGAGAUUUAUCUAAAUAUGAAGCUAAAAGUUCAGCAACUUUAGAGCGAGCUCAAAGUUUAGAUAUGUCUGUAGACACAGUGUCGAGAAAACGAAAAACACCUCUUCCAGAAGACAUCAUGGAGUCAACAGAAGAUUUAACAAAGCUUGAUGACAUGAAUACUUUUGACAGACGAAAGCUAAAAAAAUCUAGUGAAUGGGGAACGCUAGAGGAUGCUAUUUGGAAUAAAAUUGAAGCUGAUGAUGUUGAAAUAAAACCGAAAAUACGAAAAAAAAGUAGUGGAACUCUUGAACGAUCAAAAUCAGCUGUGGAAAUUAAGAUGAAAGAAGAUUUAUCUUCAACCAUACAAACUACCGAUAGAAAUAGUGAUUGCAGUAUUGAAUUGUAUAAUUUACCGUUAAGUAAACGGCUUACUAGAGACUUUAUUCACGCAGAAAGAUCUUUUAAUCCAGAUGAAGAUAAUUCGCUGGCUAGAAUUGUAAAUAAUGGUGAAGUUGUGAAAAAUCCGUCUUUGACAGAAAUAGAAUUGGAUUUUAAACAGGCAAAACCUCUUACAGAUGAUGAGGAUCAAGUUAUUGAUAAAACAAAUGAUUCACCGGUAAUUAAUGAAUCAUUUGACAAAGCGCUAAGGUUUUUUGAUCUUCAUACAAAUAAAUCCACAAAAGAUAUUCAAAUAAAUCAUAAUGAAAAUUUAAAUGGUGAUAAUAUUAACAGUAUAUCUAUGUAUGCAGGAAUGAAAGAAGUUCACGAAGAACCAAUGAAAAAAGUUAUAAUUAAUAAAAAAUGUCCUGGCUGUGAUCAAAAUGGUCAUCAUAACAAAAGUUGUUCUGUUCAUAGUCGAUUAACGUCAGUUGAUUCAGAUUUUUCUGAACCAAAAACUUUCCCAAACACUGACAAUCAAGUUGACAAAGUUUCAAGUUCUCGAACAAAUUUUACUGCAGAAAAUGAGGAAGAGGAAGAUGUAGAUGAUGGGUGCGAUCUUGGUUCAAGUGUCACAGUCAACAGCAAAAGUCAAUUUUCUCCUAAUGGAGAUCGUCACAAUGUAAGUAAUGUCAGUGUGUCAAGCGGAGAAAAUAGUGAAGAUAGUGGGCUUGUAGGAGAAUCUGGUGAAUUUAGUCAAAGAGAAAUAGAUGUAAAGCCAGUACUUUCUAAUUCAUCACCCAUUAUUCAAGAUUCUCCGAGAAAAAUGACUUACAUCACAGAGAUAAAAGUUUCACCAAACAGAGAGAUAAUACAGGAAUCAUCGGAAAUUGAGAUUAAUCGUGAACAAGCAAAACCUUUUAGCAAAAAUGAAGUUACAGUGACUCCAAAUGGUAAAUCUGUACCUGGAAAAAAGCCACCAGUUCCUCCACGAAGAGGUGAUGCUUCUAAAGCGCAUAAAGAACAUUCCAUUGACAAACAAGCAAUUUAUGUAUCAGAAUUUAAAACUCCAGAGAAAGGAAAACUAGAAUCGUCAGAGAAUAAUUCAACUAUUAAUAAAAAAUUUGAUCAUUGGAUGUACUUAGGGGAUAGUAAAGAUCAAAAUCCUUGGGGUAAUGGCUCUAGUCAACCUCAAUCAGUUACAAAUAUUGUAGUGGCAUCCAGUGAAGAAAAAGCACAUCAUAAAUAGCCAGAUAUUAAAUUGCUUUAAAAAUGCAGUUUAUUUUUUUUGUUAAAGACUGUUAAUAAUUGAAUUAUGGACGUAUUUUCAAUCAUUUUAAUUGUAUUAACUAUUGAAUAUGAUGCCAGAUAUACGCACAUUGAAAAUAAAUUAUGUGGUACUGAUUAAUCACGUAGACAUGAGAUAAUUAUUAAUGUUUUUAUUUCGCAACAGUUAAAGAGUUGAUAAUGUUAUUUUGAAUAAAAAAUUGCAGUUGUUAAUGGAUAGAUAAGAAAUAUUUAUUUACAUAAGUAUGAAAAAGCUGUGUGCCAUAAAAACAGUUUUGACUUGGCAAUCGCUUUGAACAAUUGAAUAUUUAGUUUGGUAAAGAAUCGUUACACAAAGUCAACAGUAUUGUCUUAAGUAACUGCUCAUGAAUAUUCGUAGGUAUCAAUUCAUUUUGAACAUUUAUUUAUAAUUAUAUAAACACAAACAUUGAUCAAAUUUUUUCCCUCACAUUAAUUUAUUUCUGUCGAAUAAAUAUCGUAUUGCAGUAUAUAAAUAGUAAUAUUAAUUAUUAUGAUUAUUGUUAUCAAUGAUUUAAAUCAAUCGUAAUCAGAAAUUUACAAUUAUAUGUUUUUCCUAUUAUUUAAGUGUUGGUAUCGCAGAAAUAUAUUUUUUUAUUGGGCUGAUAUUAAUUUACGUUAAUAUUUCAUGUACUUCUGAUCAUUAAAUAAUUGUAUAUAACUUUUAGACUGUAUAAAUUGCUUAGAUAAAAAUUAGUAUUUACUUACGAAUGAUUGAGAGAUAAAUAAUAAUUAAUAGAGCA